CGAUUAGAGUGUACUUCGAGUUGGGGCGGCGGGGACGGGUCGAGGGGAAAGUUCAACCGUUUGAGUGCUUGCAACUCCGGUGUGUUCACAGGGAACGUCGGCCACGACCACAGCGACGAGCGGCUAAUAAAGAUUAAACUUCAUCCGAGUAUAAUGAGAAGGUAUCGAAUAAGGAUUCGCAUAAAAUGAAACGACGACGGUGCAUCGAGUGCUCCGGGGCGGCAUCUGGCCCCGGCCAGAACGUGGCCACAAGUUGGCCACACCAACCACGUGCAACUUCAAAGUCGCUGCCGUGGAUCAGCAGCAGCAGUGCAACACCCACCAGCUCUCACAAUGACCUUCCCCAAGGUCGAAGAGUCCCACCGAGUUCCACCUCUUUGGCAGCGGCCAUCCUAGUCCUGCUGGUGAUGACCGGGGUCCUGCCCGAAGCUCGGGCCAGCGAGUUCCCCGAGCGGGAAUGUUGCGACCCGAUCUACCCGCCGAUGCCCGACCCGGAAGAGCCGGGUCCGACGACUUCGGUGGCCGUUGGCGGUGGGGGAAGCAGUUCCGGGGGGUCGUCCCACGGUGGGGGUUACCACUAUGGGUUGGAGAGUGGGGAGGAAUCGGGCCGAAGUUCGGUGGGGAUGGGAGGCGGAGCAGGAGCAGGAGCGGGAGGUGGCAUUGGGAUGCUUCCGGAAGGAGCUGGCGGCGAAGGAGUAUACAUUAGGGGGUAUCCGGAUAAGCCCAAGAUUGGCACGUCAGGAUCGAAUAUUAAGACUGCAAUAGCUAUUUUAAAUUGUAUAUUAGCGAGACAGCUCUGUUUCGAGGAUCCAUCAUGUUCCGCCAUCCUAGAGAUCAUCCCGCGGGUGUGUGGGCCGGUGCCAGGUGAGUUUGUUUGCACAACCACGGUCGUCGACGAAAACCCAGGCCCGGCAGGCGUGGACGCCGCCGUUAUCCGCCAUCUUGCGACGGACGAGUCGCUGAUCGAGCUAUCCGGUCGUGUAUCGCGACCUGCAGAAGGGCCCCAACCGCGGACGGCCCCAACGUGCAUGCCAUCGUGGGAUUACGGACGACCGUCGGGCGUCGUUCUAGGGAGCACAAUUCAAACCAGCAAAGCCCCGAAGGAUCUCCGCGUGGGACCUGUCCCGGUGCACCGGUCCGCGCGGUGCUGGUCAGGUGGAGCGUCGGACGGGUUCCCGGUGGGCUUUUUUCCAGGAUCGAAUAUUAAGACUGCAAUAGCUAUUUUAAAUUGUAUAUUAGCGAGACAGCUCUGUUUCGAGGAUCCAUCAUGUUCCGCCAUCCUAGAGAUCAUCCCGCGGGUGUGUGGGCCGGUGCCAGUGGCCUGCAGUACGGUGACCGUGACCAAGUGCCAGGCGGCGCUGCGGACGCUCCAGGCGUUUCCGUUUUUUCGGCCGACCUGUCUGUGCAAGGAGCCCGGCAUCGACCCGGACUGUAACUACUUCCGGGACUUUCUGUUCGACCAUCCGUGCGGUUUCGUGUCCAAGAAGGAAAAAGACCCGUACCCGGUGGACGCGCUGCCGACGUGUAACCACGCGCUUUCCGUGUGCCAGCAGGAGCGCAAGUGCAUCAAACUGUUCGAGGACUUCAAAACGCACUGCAAGGUGCGGGAAAACAAGUGCCGGAUGGAGGACAGAGAGUUGUGCUACGAAGCGUGGACUAAUCUCCGAUUAUCGCCGAUGUUUGGCUGUAUCUGUCCAAACAACCACAUGAAGCGCCGGUGUGAUAAAAUAUUCAGCGUCGUGAACCACAAUCCGUGCGUUGUACGGGCCAUGGGCAUGGACGAUAACUACCACCGACUGCUGGACCAGAACAUGGCCCUGAUCGAGACCCCGUUGGUGGCGCCGGCCCACGCGUACUUCCCUCAGCACUACAAGACGGCCCUGUACCCGUACAACAUCUCCGGCUACCACCACCAGCACCAGCACGGACUCCACGGUGGCCACUUUGGACACAACGGGAACGGAAAUGGAAAUGGCCACGGCCAUCUAGCCCCGGCGUCGAUGUCCUCCCCGGUGGACAACAUUCUGAUCAAUUUGAGCGGCGAUGGCAACGGAGACGCGGCCAUCGAGUACGGCAGCAGCAGUUUCGACGAGAACAAUGCGGUCGAACGUCAAAUUGGAUCGGAUGAUAUCGAGGAAAAGGAGGCCGAGAUGAGCUUCAUCCAUUUUCAGAGCACCUGCCACCUGGCGCUGGACGCGUGCCGCGACGACCAGGUCUGCUCGGGCGCGCUCAAGACGGUGCUGAUGCACUGCGAGCAGCACCGGUGCAACCGGAACGCGUGCAUGGACUCGCUGCAGAGCUUCUACAAGAACAUCGUGGAUGACCUCAGUCUGGACAUUGCGUUUUGUCUGUGCAGGAAAACGCCGAACCGCCACGACAGCUGCAUGAUCGCCCAGGAGAAGCUCCACCCGGCCUGUGCGCAGCGUCCCCCGGAGAGUCUCGUGCCGGCCGCCACCAACGGAGUCAUGUACAGUCCACCGCCGUCGUGUCACGCCGUGGCGGAGAUGUGCCGCGAGGACGAGGACUGCCGGGCGCGGCUGGAGGUUUUCGAACAGUCCUGCGCCGUGGACAGCGUCACGAAAAAGUGCGCCGGCAAGACUAGCGGGUGCAGACAGGCCAUGCUGGGCAUACUGGGCACUCCACUGCGGACAAACUGUGCCUGCCAGGGGUCGGAUCUGCAGCAGCUGUACGAUUGUUUGGGCUGGCAGCGACUGCUUUGGCUGAACCCGUGCGUCGUUGAAUCCCAAAAGGACUUCCACCUGAAGCGGUUGGCGGAGCUUGGACUGUUAACAACGACCACCACUACUACGACGACCACGAUGCGAACUACCAGGGCAACACCUCCACCAACGCCACCGCCAACGAAGCCGAAACCUGUGUACCGUCCCAAACCGACCGAGGCUCAGCCGAUCGAGACCAACUACAUCGAAACGCCCGAGACGCGGCCGGAGACGCUGGUCCACAAGGGCAACGAGCUGAUCAUCCGCUCCGACUACGAACCUCCACGACCGCCAGAAGUGUACCACAUUCCGGAUCACGACGAUCAUGACGACAUCGACGAUGAUCUACCCCCGAUGGGAAGCAACAAGAUCAACCAGCGACCGGACGAGCAGGUGCUGCAAAUGCUGACCACGGAGUUGAUCGAGCUGGAGACGCCUGCGCCAACGACCACCACCACUACCACAACGGAACCGACGACCACAGCGGUUCCGAUCAGGUAUUGCGUGGUCCAGCGAUCGCACCAGUCCGAUCAGUUGAUCGCCGAAAGCAAGAGUCGACGGCUCUACAUGCUGGACGACGCCGAGUGCAGCGAGCUGUGCACGUGCGGCGGCGGAGACUCGCUCGCGUUGACUUGCCACGCGCUGUGCGUCCCGCUGGCGCCCUGCCGGACCUCGCUGGCGUACUACAGCCACGCGGCGCCCGCCUAUCAGGCCUUCCGGGGACGCUGCCUGUGCUACUCCGGCCGGUUCAUCUGUAUGCGUCCACCGCCCGGGGAGUACUCACUGCCGGGUGGCAUCUUUCUGUUACUAGGUUAUAGUUCUACCGAUGAAGCACUGUUAAGACCGCACACUAAUCUAGGAGUUCAGGACGCUGUCCGAGCGCUGCAGCAGUACGUGCUGCAGCACAUAAACAAUGAGACCUCUUGUACAUUAACGCUGUUCAAUAUCACCGAGGAGAAUAUCAUUCUAUCCAUAAGACUACCCCACGAUCCCAAGCUCACGAAUUUAGAGCUUCUAAGACAAGAAAAGGACCACUGUACAAAGAUCCUCGAAACCAUCAGCCACCAGAUCAACACCCAGCACGUCGAGAUGUCCGCCCACCGGCUGCUGAGCAUCUUCAAGAUGGCCGAGGUGCAGGUCGUCUGGCCGGAAGUGAGCCGAGCCAGCCCGAGCUCGCCCCGAUCGAGUCAUCUGGUGCUACUGCUGGCAACGCUGCUGGCGAUCCCCUUCGUACGGUGGCACCACCACCACCACCACGAUCACCGGUGGACCGUUACGUGACGUUAGGAUUCCCGUCCACCAUCGUCAUCCGCGAGAUCACCGCGUCAUCGUUGCACCCAUACCCGUACAGCAAGCAGAGAGCAGCAGUCUACUCACCCAAACAAUACGCUUCAUACUCGUCGGCUUCACCAAACUCACUAACACUCACUCGCAUCUCCUGUAAAUGAGGUUUGUACAAAGAAACAAUUUACCAGGCCCCCCAUUGUAAUCUCCAUCAUGUUAUGCGACCACGCCCCACACACAAACACACUGUUACACACACCUACUUUUUAGCGAAACAAACAAAUAAUACGAACUACAUAAGCAAAACUAAACAAAAGAAACAAAACAAAAGGGAAAAGUUUACGUUUUUACUCGAUGGUUAAGAGAGCGAAGCGAAUUAAAAAAGAAUGAUGACGAAGUGUGUGCGUGAGGUUGUGUGCAGAACAAUAGGCGACUGCCGAUUUCUGACGAUUGUUUUUUGGUACGCUCUUUUUUAACUGACGCGCGUUGAAAGUGUAUUGCAGUGUUUAUGGAACGACGCAGCGAGCAGGCUUCUAAGAAGUAUGCGUGUGUGAGUGUGCGGUUGGUGUUUUGACCUGGUAUUGUUCUCCCGCGCGGUUUUGUGCAAUGGAAUAAUGGCUGAGAACAUUGCAUUCGAUUGGUGCCGUGUGAGUAUGUGUAUGUGAUUUAUAAAUAUUUAAUUUGUGUUCGCUGUUAGUUGUGAGUAGCUAGACAACUUUCCUUCUGGGUUAAUGCAGACAAAACAUAAACAUGACAAACACAGACAAAUGAAUCAAUUUAUUUUAAAAUUUGUGUUUUAUUCAAUGUCAAUAUUUCAAGAGCAAAAUCUAACUUUUUUUUAAAUGAACUUAACUGAUUUUUUUUUACUUUUUUUAUUUUUUUCAAUUCUGGUUUUAUUUUGUUCCAAAAUAAAUUGAUUGUUUGAAAAAUCUUCAAAGUUUGAUUGGAAAAUUUGAAUAAAUUUUGAUCUGCAAAAAAAACUUUACAAAAUCAUAAUCAGCUGAUUUUUAUCCAUUUCUCUUAUUUUUUACAUCUCUGGGGGAGAUGGAGGUAAGACAGCCACCCUAAGGGAGAAGUCUAAUAAAAUUUACACAACAGAUUAUUUUGAUCUCAAAUUGCAUACAUAUUGUUCUACUAGUAGUCCAUUAUAGAAAUGACAUAAAUUAGUUGGUCUAAAAACCAAU